GUGUGAGGCCGGCUACGGCAUGGGACACACGCGCGGACCGUCGCGCCGUAGUUCUACCGUCUUCGCGAUUUACGUAAACGCGAUCGCGACUUAGUGUUUUUAUGUGUGAUAAUUGUUUUUAUAAAUCAGGCCAGUGACAGUGAACAAUACAGAAUAGAUGUACGUUAAAAAUGAGACCCCCAAAUCUAAAUGACAAUGACGCUGCGCCGGUCUGACAGCUUGCCCACGCGAUUCCCGGCGACGUCUGUCCACACAAAAACUGACGACGACCGAGCGGAAAAAAUACCUGAUUCCUACACCGUCCCCAAUUUCAGUGAAACUCCGGCACGCGAAGAAAUUGUCGCCACUUGGAAGUCACUUCACUCUGAUGUUAAAAGGAUAAAAAAUGGAUUUACGCCCAAAAAUGACCAACCAAGUUGUAGUAAUGACAAAACUGAUCACGUUUCACAGAAGUCUACGUCUGUUUUUCCUAUUCAUAGUAAACAUGGUCGUAAACGGAUUACCUAUGACAACCGGCAAGAUGAAAUUAUUUCUCGAGAAAACAAUCGUUGUGCCACAUUCCUUCUUGAUACUGGGCAAACGGACUUUGAGGAGGGUGGGAAGGCCUCGGCGCAUCGACGACGAUCAUUACUGCACCGCCUUUUGUCUUGGAGAACUCCAGAAUGUGACUGUCGUGAAAAAUUUACACCUAAAUACCAGCCAUCUCCAAGAUUACGUCCGGAGGAUUUAUUGUGUACUUGUGGUGUUAGUGGCAAUCGAGUUAAACUUCCGAACAAAAGCAAGCAAAACCCGGAACGGGGCCGUUCUAAAAGUGUAGGGUAUGAAGCGGCACGUGAAGUGGCUCAGUUUCGUCGGUGUGCGAGUGCCGGGGCGACUGUGGGCGCGGAGACGGCGGCAGCGCUGCGGGCUCGCGCAGCCCUCACGCUCGCGCGCCGCUACUACCCCGAGGGCGGCUGGGGCUGGACCAUUACCGUGGUCGGCACUAUCGUGCAGGUGCUGUCCCACGGCCUACAACUAGGAGGAGGCACUGGACCUAUCGCUUGCACGGCCGCUAUCAAGUACCACGUCUCACCAUUAUACACACACGGAUGUCUGGGUGCUCUGUCCGCGGGAGUGGCGCUUGCGCUGUCGCCAGUAACAGUGGCUCUGUGCGUGCGCAAGUCCACGCGGGUCACGGCUGUGGUGGGCGGCCUCGUAGCCGCCCUCGGCUGCCUCUUUACCUCGUUUGCCACGCAAUUCCACCAGCUCUUCUUCAGUUAUGGGACGGUAGUCGGUGUGGGCGUGGGCCUGACGAGGGACUGCUCAACCCUGAUGGUGGCGCAAUACUUCAAAAGAAGAAGAGAGCUCGUCGAGAUAUUUAUAGUCAGCGGCAGUGGGCUCGGCAUCGCCGUCAUGUCCACAUUUAUCAAAGGUGCCAUAAGAGCUAUAGGCUGGCGUCUAGGACUGCAGGCUGUGACAGGCGUAGUAUUCGCAACAUUUAUACUGGGCACGUUCUACCGAUCGGCAUCUCUAUACCAUCCUCAAAGAAGAGCGAUAUUGCAUCUUAAGAAUCAGAAUAAGAUCAAACGGAAGAUGAAAGACAGAAAUAAGAACGAUGAUCGUCAGCCAUUUUUCGACUUUUCUACACUAAAGUCGAAGACAGUGAGAAUCCUUCUUAUGUCAACUGGAAUAUCUGCGUUUGGUAUUAACACACCGAUAUUCUAUUUGGCUUACCAUGCUGAAGAAGAAGGUUUAGGCGAUACCGUGGAACUCUUGCAAGCGUACCUUGGCCUAGCCUGGGCAGUGGGUUGUGCAGCGUUCGGCCUGCUGGUACGUCAGAACUCUGCUGAAUGCCGGAUCGCCCGCCAGUACCUCACUCAAGCUGCUGUGUUUGUGUGUGGGCUAGCAACCAUGGCGCUCACUGCUGUUGAAGGCUCCUACCGCGGCUACGUCAUGUUUGCUUGGGUUUACGGCAUAUUCUGCGGUGGCUACCACUAUUCGCUGAAAAUGUAUACGUACGAGCGAGUCCGGUCUCGUAACUUUGCACGGACUUGGGGCUUCGUGCAGUGCUCACAGGCCGUGCCCAUCGCCAUAGGAGUGCCGCUGUCAGGAUACAUAAACGUGGGUUGCGGCGGCAAAGCGGGCUACUACUUCAGCUCGACUUGUUCCCUCAUCGGAUCCCUGUCUCUCUUUUGUAUAGAUCUUCAUAGGCGCAGUGUAGCGCACAAACACACCAAAGAAAACGGUGGUACUGCAAACUGUGAGUCGACGUGCGAGCCGUCGCGACGUAGCCGCAGUCGCGAACGAGAACAACGCACCGCCGCAGGCGCAGCCACCGCAUUAGUUCUAGGAGCAGAAUUUGUAGCACCAGUGCGUACAGGUCGCGACCUCCUACUGGACAGUAUACGACCAGGUACCCUCGGCUCCCCGCCGCCCAACGUGCCGCCAGAGCUGACCUGCAUCAGCGAGGAAGGCGGCCUGGACCUCGACCUCGAUCUGGAUAUACCAGAACACCUUCUCGAGGACUUAGACUGCGGGGGUGAUUGUAUCACUAGUUGUAAUAAGGUCGAAAACUAUUUAAUGUUAAGUGAAUACGAAAACAACCUAAUAGCCGAGCUGCCGAACCUGAACGAGCGACGUGGACGACGCUGGUCCAUCGUCGUGGCCAACUCUUCGCCACAAGCCUCCACUAUCCCUGAACACCCAGAAUCACCAGAAAUGCACGCCAAAAACUCCAACAACAAGUGGAAGAAAAAGUGCCAUAACCCAAACAAUAGACUGAUUACAGUGAUCAACGAGGCGUCGCUCUGAAAUACUAGUGAAACAAUAUUCAGACAAUAAAUAGAAAUAAUCAGUUAGUGUACGACCUAUAACCUCAUUAAUUUAUUUGAUGUGUGUGAAUAAGUAGUAG